GAUCGGGAUCACUGCCAAGCGCACCUGUUAAACUGCGUCCUUCUGAUUCAUACGUCCAUGAGUCAAACCAAUUGAUUAGAGACGAAUAAAACUUCGUGAAUAUAGUGAAGCGCGAACGUUGUUCCGGGGUUUUGUCUUCCGUGAUCGUGAAUGCUUUGGUGAGAUUUGCGUGAUAUUUUAUUUAUCUCUUAGAUUGUCUGUCUGAUAAUCCGUGCGGCCUGUUAAUCUUCGCGGAAACAGCGAACGUCAAAUUUUUAUUCGAAGAAAUGGCUGAUCCUCAGGGCAAGACUGGCGAAAUGCCAUGCGAAUAAAAGUAGUUUGAGACUUAUGUUUUCUCUCGAAACGGACAGGAAGAGAAGAGAAUCAUUGAUAUAUUAUUAUAAGCUCAUUAUAAAAAGAAAAGGAGAUCCAACAGAUGAGGGAAGACAAAGGUAUGCGAUGACAGUAAUGACAGUUUUUUAGGUGUAUAUGCAGCAUCACUCAUCCUGGAGUUCCUGUUCUAUUUCUUGAAAGGAGGAGGGAUUAGCUUCGCGGGAUUAAAAUUAGUCAAAGUGGUGCUAACGAAAGGGUUCUAACUAAAUUACGAAUGAGUUAUAAAUAAUUCUUAAGAACCAAAAAAUGCCAGGAUUAAUCGCAGUCAGUGAAUUCGUCGAGGAGACUAGGGAGGAUUAUAACUCGCCGACAACAUCUACCUUUGUCUCCCGAAUGCCACAGUGCAGACAGACUAUCACUACACUUGAAGAGACUUUGGACUCCGACAGAGAUGGGCUGACAAAAUUAAAGAAGGCAAUAAAAGCCAUUCAUAACUCGGGGAAUGCACACGUAGACAAUGAAGUUUAUCUGGGAAGAACUUUGGAAAGAUUGGGAGAUGCCGCUCUGAAGGAACACGAACCGGAUAUAGGCGCAGCCUUCCUGAAGUUUGCAGUGGUCACCAAAGAACUUAGCGCUUUAAUGAAAACUCUGAUGCAAAACAUUAACAAUAUAGUAAUGUUCCCAUUGGAUUCCUUGUUGAAGGGAGAUCUCAGGGGUGUUAAAGGUGAUCUUAAAAGGCCAUUUGAGAAAGCGUGGAAGGAUUACGAAGCCAAGCACGCUAAAAUUGAGAAAGAAAAGAAACAACAUGCAAAAGAGGCUGGUCUCAUCAGAACUGAAAUUACACCAGCGGAAAUUGCCGAUGAAAUGGAAAAGGAAAGGCGACUUUUUCAGCUGCAAAUGUGUGAGUAUCUCAUUAAGGUCAACGAAAUCAAGACGAAGAAAGGCAUCGAGUUGUUGCAGCAUUUGGUCGAAUAUUACCACGCACAAACAAACUACUUUCAAGAUGGACUCAAAACUAUAGAACAUUUUGGCUCUUACAUCACAGAUCUCAGCGUGAAAUUACAAAAAAUCAGACAAGCACAAGAUGAAGAAAGAAGACGGCUCACAGAAUUGAGAAGUCUGCUUAGAAGUUCAGGAUGUGAUAAAGAGCUAAUUGCGAAUGCAAGCUUGGGGUACUCUUUGCAUCAACUACAAGGUGAUAAACAGCACGGUGUGACGCGUUCGGGUCAUCUUUUAAAGAAAAGCGAAGGGAAAAUGAGGCGAGUGUGGCAAAAGAGAAGGUGCGCGGUUCAAGCGGAGGGAUUCCUAGAUAUCUGUCAUGCAGAUGAAAACAAACCACCUACCAGAGUUAACCUAUUAACGUGCCAAAUCAAACUAGUAACGGACGACAAGAGAGGCUUCGAUCUCAUAAGUUACAACAGAACUUAUCAUUUUCAAGCUGAGGACGAGGCUGAUCAGCGAGCCUGGAUGUCCGUCUUAGUCAACUGUAAAGAACGUGCUUUAUUACGAGCCUUCGAUGCAAGCGGUAAAGCGGAAGCCGGACAAGGCAAUCCUAGUUUGGUCGAACUACAACAAGCCGUAAUUCAAUGUGUUAUGCGGUUACCUGGUAAUGAUAAGUGUUGUGACUGCUCUGCUCAAAAUGAUGCCACCUGGCUUUCGACCAAUUUUGGUAUCAUAGUGUGCAUAGAAUGCAGUGGAAUCCACAGGGAUCUUGGUGUGCACAUAUCUAGAAUACAAUCUUUAACUCUGGACAAUGUCGGUACGGCUCAGUUACUAUUAGCGAGGUAUAUGACCAACCAAGUUUUCAACGAGGUCAUGGAAGCAACAUUACAUUAUAAUCUCAAACCUACACCAACGUCAACUAUGGAGGAGCGUUACGAGUUUAUAAGAGCAAAAUACGUAGACAAGAGGUACGUGAUGCACACAUGUGCAGACGAGCGAGAUCUCCUAUCAGAUUUGGAACAUGCUCUAAAUAAUCGUGAUUUACAGCAACUACUGCAAGUUUUUGCCGAAAAUGUGGAUCUAGCAGCAUCAUUGCCGACAUCAGACAUGGGAGAAACUGCUCUACACUUAGCUAUCCUCCGUGAAAUGGGUAACAGUCUCCAUAUCGUGGAUUUUCUGGUGCAAAAUAUGCCGGCUGGUGGCAUCGACAAAGUCACCAUCGACGGAGAUACUGCAUUACAUUUAUGCGCACGGCACGACAGAGCUGAAGCUAUGAAAUUACUUCUUAGAACGGGCGCUGAUCCUGCUCUUCGAAAUAAAAUGGAGAAGACAUCUCUGGAUGUCGCGCAAGAAAUGGGCCAUCACACAUGUAAAGAACUGCUAAGCCACGCUAUCCAAAGACAAAAAAGUCUGCUUGAUAAUGUAAACAUUGAUUGGAAUCUCUCGCAUGACGAAGGCUCCACCGAUUUCUCUGAUGAUGAGACAAUCAUUGAGGAUAGCAAUGGUUGCCUGACUCCGGAAAAAAAAUGCCGAAGUAGGCCACCUUCGUACGCGGGCGGUGGAAUCACAAAACCUGGAGAUUCUCCAAUAACUCUGCGAAGUCGCAGUAGCACAUGCGAUAGUUUCCAAAGUGGAUCAUCACCAAAUCCUUGCACAAGUAGACAACAGAUGCCACCACCGCCUCCUCCACACAUAAGGAAACCCAUUGUCGCUGCUACUCUAAUCGCAUCCGACAUUUCGAUGAAUUUUCACGUUUCAAUGAAGAAGCGAGUAGCACCGCCUCCUCCACCAGCCGGAAAUACAGUGCCAACGUCAUAUUACGGGACUCUACCAACUUCUGGAUCUUCACACAGCAGAACAGCCAGCGAACCUAUUUUAGCUGGCCAUUCCACACACACUCUCCCGCAAUCGUUACAUACUUCAAACAGUCAUCGCCAUAAGAGGUCACCCAGCGGAGAUUCUUCUACUGGACAUGGUACGGAUAAAGGAAAUAUGUCGGCACUACAGAGACCAAGAAAUCCCCCUCCUCCUGCUCCUUCCAUGAUAAGUUCAUCAAGAUUAAGUAAUGGUAGAAGCAGCGAAUCUUUAAGCUCCAUGUGUUCGGAUCAUGGGAUAAGUAAUCCGGUUCCACCGCCUCGGAAGCCAUCUUCAAUGUUAGCCUUGGCUGGCUUAAGACGUUGUCGAGCCCUAUAUGACUGUGAUGCGGAUAACGAGGACGAACUGUCUUUUCGCGAGGGUGAAGUGAUCAUAGUCACGAACGAGCAAACUGACGAUGAUAAUUGGAUGGAGGGUGCUUUGGAACGAGCGCCAGAAAGAAGAGGCAUGUUUCCCAUAAGCUUCGUACAUAUGCUCCAGGAUUAACAUUCGAUGAAUCUCCAUUCCAUAGAGAAUGUCCUCAACACUGCAUAAUGCAAAGAUUGCAGGCACUUCGACAAAAAGACUUGCUUAGGAAAUAAAAAUCCUUAAAGUCUUUUAAUCCAUCUAGAUUCAUUUCACAUAGAGAGAUUAUCAAGAGAUUAUCAAGAGAUAUCGAUUUUCUGUUCAAAAUGCGUAAGGCCGUGUUAGGUAGCAAAUACUCUGAAACUUUAACGACUGAUCAAUCAAAAUGUUUUCGAAAAAAGAGUCAUGUUGUUUUGAAUUGUUUUUAGAUUAACUCAAACGGUUAUAAAGCUUUGGAGUUAUACAUUUUAAGAUGUAGGGCUCAUCAAUUUUGUUGUGGCUGAUUUUUAUUGCAUGGAUAAAUUUGAAAAAUGUGUGCGUUUGAAAAUUUGGCUAAUUAUGAGGUGGCUAACUCUUCUUUUUGUUGGUUUUUUAAAGUAAUGUGAAAAUUUCAUGGUUGCGUGUACAAUACUUCUUCGAGAAUUUAGAUAAUUUAGCAGAAGUUGGAAUUUGAAACAUUAUAAUUUUAAUUAUUUCGAUGUUAGUGUUAUUAGCCAGGGUCAGAGAAUUUUUUUGCAGGUUUAGAAAAUAUAUAAUAAAUAAUAAUACUUUAAUAGUAUUAUUUCACAAACAGUACACCAACAAAAGAUAGAAUCUGGGCAAAAAAUCCCGAUUUUCAAUUACUUCAUCGCAUAUUGGCGUAAUUUUCAAAAUUGUAUAAAUGAUAACCUAUUACAAGUUUUGUUUUUGAUUGCGCCCAUCCAUAAUAGGCAACUUACUUUGUUAUUAAGUUCUCGGCUUCAGCUUCACAGGCCGCAUCGCAGUCUGUUAUCUAAACAACCUUACGUAUUUUUAGAUCAUAUACGUUCUCAAAACAUGCUGGUCCACAAAGAAUUCGAAAAGGAUAGUUUUCCUUUUGAAAAGAAAUGUUGACCAUUUUUAUGUUUCUAUAAUUUUAUUUUAUUUUACUCGAGCAUUUAAUAAAUAAACAUUUUAAUACAAAAAAAUAACAUGCAAGAAGAUGAUUUCAUAAAAAAAUAUUCAAAGUUGUUUCCUCGAAAAACAAUCUAAAAAAUCAAUUCUUGGUUGUUCCUUGUGAGUACCAUUUUAUUAUAAUUUCGAAAAAAGGAAGGCCUAGCUUGACCUAGAACAACAACGACUAGGACGUACGUGCAAUUUUUGAACAAGAUAUUUAUACCGUUCUUCUUUCUCCCUCGCAUUGGUGUUGAUCUUAUUGUAUUCUGGAGCUGAUUACUCUGGAACGAAGUUAGUUGUUGUUAAUUGUCUAUUCUGUAUAUAAAUGACAAGAAUACUUGUAACCGGUUAUUAGUUAUACUCGAAAUUCUAGUGAUGUGCAAAAUGGCCUCGAUCGCAUUGGGUUGUCCGGUCAUUGGGUUAGCCCGAUAAACUGAGCAGCCACAUUUUGUGUGUGAGACUUCAAUAUCAUUUGAAACAGGGUCACCUACAAGAAUUAAUCCUAUUGUAAUUCAAGAUUAGUGUGACUCUUAUUUUCGAACAUUAAAAAUAUUGCGAUCCAUGUUUAGAAUUUCGUGACGUUACACGAGAAAAAUAUACAGAAGAUGACCGUCAUUUUGAUUUUUUUUAGAUAUAUAGAGAAAAUUUAGAGAAAGCUUAAACAAAGUAACAUUGUAAAUCUAUACAAUUUUACAGUUUUUCUAUAAACUUUAGAUUAUCGAUUAAUAUUUGCACUUGGAUAUUGAAUUUUAUGUAUUUUACAUAUUUUUAUUACAUUUUAUUGUGCUGAUUAUAAAUCAGUCCGGCAAAUUGAGUUGAGACUUAAUGGUUCUGAAAAAGGGCGAUUGAAAUGCUGCUUUAGCUCUUUAGGGUCUAAAUUAUAUACAGCCAUUCUAUUAUUCAUGGUAUUUUAGGGGGUUUGGGGUUACUAGUUUCGAAUCCAAAGUCGAAAAUUUAAAAUGCCGAAUCCAAUACAACACAACGAUGUUGAAAUCAUAGUUUUGUGUGUAUAUACAAUUUUCAGACGCUCUAUCCCCUUCCCCCCAGGUCACUCCCCUGGAUUCGUGUCUAAAGAAAAAACCUGAAAGGGAAAUUAAAAUCAUUACUUUGAAUUCGAAACCAGUGCUCCCAAAAACCGUUAAAUACUAUGAAUUGCUCAAAUUUCAAUUAGCGGACCGAGGGGAUAUUCACUUCUAGAUAGAUUUCACGAGAUCUCUUAAAGAUCUUUUGAAGAUUCGCAAAUAUUUUUGAAUAUUUGAAAAAUUUCGGAGUUCUCCGGCAAGGUUUUGAGAUUUUGUUCGACUUUUUUUAAUCUCGCUGUAUCAUAGGUUCUCCUAAAUUUUGUAAAUCUUAAUUUUAUUUUAAGUGUUUCAUUAUUUUUAUUUCAUAGUGACUUUAAACAAGAUUUCCGAAGUGAAUAACUCCUCACAAAGGAAAUAAUUCAAGCCUUAAUCGUUUAAAGUAGCAGUUUGAAUUUGCCAUUUUCCAAGAACCAUGAAGUUCUACGUCAAUUUACAGGCUGCAUUUGGAACCAGCAUGAAAAAUUCUUAUAAGAGUGUUUACUAAAUUCAAUCUACUUCAAAACUGAGAUAUUUAAAAAAUGAUGUAUAAAAUCGACAAAAAUAUAUUAAAUUUUAAUUGAUGAAGUUUUUAAGGAUAAUUUUAAUCGUGGUUUAGAAAAAAAUGUUUCGUUUGAAGUUCUUCAUUUAAAAAAAUUUAUAUGGAUUUUGGUAUUUUAGCUUCGAUUUUAGGUAAAGGUUGCAAUUUUUAUCCAAUCCUUACCAUCAACGGCUGAUUGUAUUUCUUGAAAGAUUGUUUUUAAUUAUGUCGUGCUAAGCUUUAUUUAUAUCUAAAUUCUUAAGCAAAGAAUUUGUAAAAAAAACAAUCAUUGCAUAAUUUUAUCGUACUUUAAAAAAACAACCAAAGAAGAUUGUAAUGAAUCUUUCAAGGACUAAAUUGAGAUGCCGAUCAUUAUGAUUGGAUCAAAAUUGCAGCUUCUACCAGAAAUUUAAGCUAAAACACGAACAUUUCUAUAACGUUUGUUAAAUAAACAAUAUCAACCCAUACAAUUGUUGACUAUAAGAAGCUUAGAUUUCUCCAUAAAAAUUUACACCCAUUAACAUUAAAAAUAUUUUUCUCUGUUAUAUAAAUCAUUGUAAUGGUUGGAUGAAUUUUAGAUUGAUCGUAUAUAGUAGAUACUUAAAAAAUAUGUAUAGCACAUACAAUAUAAUUCACUGAGUAACAAGAAUAUUACCCGUGCUAUAGUGGCACGACAUUUCUGUAUGGUCAAAAACGUUUUUUUUUUUUACUUUUCGAACCCAAUUUUCAAACAAAUAUGACGUUAUGGAAGAUUUUCGACUUCAGAAUCAUAUUCGAUGGAAAACCCUCAUCGAAAUUACGUGCCACUGUAGCGUAAAUAGACAAAAGUUUAAAUCUACAUUCUAUCCAGAAACUGUAAAAAGGUAUUCAUCUACGAUUUGAAGAGGAUUCAUCCCUCUAUGUGAUUUGUGUCAAAAUAUAUAUUAAAUUUUU